AUGGCUGACGACGCCAGUAUCAAAACGGUAAACGAAAAUAUCCAAAACCUCACUCUUCAACUUCUGCUGGACCUAGAACACUCUGCGAUUUGCGAGUUAACGCCCAGGUAUAGCCGUGCCGCUGCCCUGCACAACAUCCAGAAAUUGAAGUCUGCUGUUCUUUCAGAAGGGUUUGAUCUCUCCCUUGUACAGCCUAUAUUGGCUUCAGCUAUUGCUUGCACGCCAGAUAACGAUCUCUGGGAAAGUAUCAAUGAUGCAGUUACUGAAUACACCCAUGCAUCUUCCCAACAAACCCAACGGGUCCACAAUACAAGUAGCUUUGCAACCCUCUCCGAGCACCACCAAUAUAUUGAUCAAAUUCUCAAGGCUGAGAUUGGACCUCUGUAUGUUGGAAUCCCGCAAUUUUACUCGGCGUUCUUUGGAUGCGUAAGUGGUCUGCAAGAAGCGUCCCGGGCCGUAUUCGGCAGAUGCAUGGAAGGCAGAAAUCCGCUUUUUGUUGCUGAUAGGUGGGAGGGCUGGCCAGGAGAUGCAAACCAGGAAGACGUCUUGACUUGGUUAUCAGAUCUCACUGACAAGCUUGCUGACCUUUCAAAAGACUACCGUCCCGAGUCGGCACAGCUACGAAGGCCACUGGCCCGACCCAACAAGCCCAUCCAAGGCUCUACGGAGGAGCGCAAGCUGGACAUUGGCUUCGUUAGCGACAUCAAUGCAGGAAAAGAUACCAAAUGCCUUUGGGCGGAGAUUCUCGUACCUGGAGUGCUGAAGAGCAAUCCAGCAGCUGAUACCGCUGCGAAGACAUGGCUGGAUUUGGGGAGGAGCGCUAGAGAAGUCCUCGCUGCCCAGGAUACCCGUCGGUUUGUCUUAGGUUUUGCCAUAUGUGGAUCCUUCAUGAGAACAUGGACCUUUGAUCGUCUCGAGGGAGUUGCAUCGGAUCGAUUCGAUAUUAAUACGAAUGGUCUCCAGUUUGUGUUCAGCGUUCUCGGCUUUCUGUGGAUAAGCGACGAGCAAUACUGGUUUGACCCUACGAUCAUCAUAACAGAAGAUGGCCGGCGUUUCAUCGAGAUAGAGCAGAAUGGAGAGGUCCAGCGUCUCUUCCUCGAGGGAGUGAUAAAACGGACACCCUGUAUCGCGGGUCGAGCAACAACAUGCUGGAAAGCGUAUCGUGAAGAUGACCCCGGGAUCCCACUCGUUGUUAAAGAUUCCUGGCAAGACACAGAGCACGACGAAGAAGGCCGUCUUCUUCAGGAAGCUACCAACGCCGGGGUGGUCAACGUCGCACGGACUGCGACUACCCUUCAUCACUCCGAGCAAGCAGAAGCACCCUCGGCCGGUGCCAGUGUAGCUAAUGCCCAGCAUAAGGGUCAGAGCACCGAUAGACCAAACAUCGAGCGACCCUACAGCCAAGAUAGAGCUUUCUUGCCGCCUAGCAAACGCCCACGCCUAUCAUCACCUAACGAUAUAUCCGAAAAGCCAUCAAACCGUAUCCACCGCCGAGUCAUCAUGCGCGAUUACGGCAAGCCAAUCUACACAGCAAGCACCCAUUCAAUCCUGCUCGCCGCAUUAGAGAGAUGCAUAACAGGACACCAGUCCUUACACAAGGCAGGGAUCCUCCACCGAGAUAUCUCACCCCAUAAUCUCAUGAUCAACGAAAACAAGAACAACAACAACAAUCCAUCCUGGCCAGCUUUCCUAAUCGACCUUGAUCUCGCCAUUAGAGAGCAAAAAGAUAUUCUUGCCCCAGAGUCAAACGGCAGUAAGACCGGCACGAGACCCUUCAUGGCAAUCGGCGCACUCAUGGGCGAGAAACAUUCAUUCAUGCAUGAUCUCGAAUCAUUCUUCUGA